AUGUUCACCAUAAUGGCACCUUUAGGCAUAACCAGACUGCGGGGUCAACUCUUCCUGCUGUGUCUUUGCCUGACACUGUGUGCUGGCAUGCUUCAGUUUGCAGCAGCCACCAUACAAGGGUACAUUGGAGAAAGGGACAUGAUAUGCCCAUCUGUAUGCAGAUGUGAUGAGGACUUUAUCUACUGUAAUGACCGUGGCCUGAGCUCCAUCCCAUCACUGCCGCCUUCUGCAUCCGUCCUCUACCUACAAAACAACCACAUCAACAACCCGGGUUUGCCCACCUCCUUGGAGCACCAUCUUGCCGUCCGUGUGGUCUACCUCUAUGACAAUGAACUGGAUGAAUUCCCCUUGCACCUGCCGCCAUCUGUACGUGAACUGCAUUUACAAGACAACAACAUACGCACUAUUCCUCGUAGUGCUCUAGCUCGGAUGCCCUUGCUGGAGAAGCUCCACCUGGAUGAUAACUCUAUCUCCACUGUCAGUAUUGAGGACCAGGCCUUUGCUGACAACCCACGAUUGCGCCUACUUUUCCUUUCACGCAACCACCUGUCUAGUAUCCCCUCAGGACUGCCUGCCUCUCUGGAGGAACUACGUCUGGAUGAUAACCGAAUCUCCACUAUCCCCACCCAUGCCUUUCGAGGUCUUGCCUCACUUAGAUGUCUUGUCUUGGAUGGGAACCUUUUGGCGAACCAGCGCAUAGCAGAUGACACAUUCUCCCGCCUUGCUAACUUGACAGAAUUGUCUCUGGUACGUAACUCCCUACAAACCCCACCUGUCAAUCUGCCCAGCGCUCAUCUGCAGCGCCUGUCUCUUCAAGAAAAUGCCCUGACUCAUAUGCCUCGUGGUUCUUUGGAUAGUAUGCACAGGCUGCAGAGGUUGGAUCUGUCCGGAAACAACCUCACCACCCUGCCAAGGGGACUGUUCAAAGAUCUGGACAGCCUGGGUCAGCUGCUGGUGAGGGGUAAUCCCUGGCACUGUGGGUGCAACCUGCGAUGGUUGUAUGACUGGCUGCAUGCCCGUGGUAACUCCAUUACUGUCAGAGGGCUCACCUGUCAUGGCCCCGACAAGGUGCGAGACAUGGCCUUGGUAGACCUUUCCAGCGAGAUGGAGGAAUGUGAGGUGGUGAGGACAGCAGGGACAAGAGACAAAGUGGGUGGAGCUGGAGUUGAUAGUGCUACCACUCAAACUCCUCCACAAGGCUCCCUCUUCACCCUCCGCUCAAAGCGACCCGGUCUGGGCCUUCCUGACUCUGGCUUGGACUACACUCUCAGCAGCAGUGGUGUGGGGAAGAGUCUGGCACUCAAUGUGAAGCCUCUUUCUCACAACAGUGUUCGUGUUACCUGGAGCGUGGCCCAGCCUAGCUCUUCUUUCAGGCUGAGCUGGCUACGACUAGGCACUGGUAAUGCCAUGGGAUCAAUCACUGAGACUCUGGUUCGUGGAGACCGUCGUGAAUACCUACUCACUUCGUUGCAACCUCGCUCCAGCUACAUCAUCUGCAUGGUACCCCUCGCUGCCAGUUCAGAAGGCAAAGGGGCAAUUCCUGGAGAUGCUGACUCUGAUGAAGCUCUGGUCUGUGCAAAAGCUGAAACGUCAGACCUCAGCCCGCUGGAGGACGAGGAGAAUGAAAGCUCACAACAGGUGACUACGCUGCCCCUGGCAGGGAUUAUUGGCGGGGCUUCGGCCAUUGUGUCCUUGGCUCUUAUUUUUGGCGUCUUCUGUUGGUACGGACACAGGACUGGGCAUUUGUGCCCCCGUGACCACUACACUCGCAGCAACUCCAGAAAAAACAAGACCUAUGAUGAUUACAUUGAGUCAGGCACAAAGAAGGACACUACCAUCUUGGAGAUCCGUGGUCCGGGGUUCCAGAUGACACCUAUGGCAGCUUGUCAACCAAUGCAGCCUAAACCCCUCCGAGAGGAUUACAUCAUUCAUACUAUAUACCCCUCCAAUGGCACUGGCCUGUACAAAGGCGUCAACCAUGUUUCUGAUGCUGGACAUGGCUCCAACCGUGGCUAUAGAGAAGGAGGAAUCCCAGAUAUAGACUAUUGUUACACAUGAUGUACUGUGCCAGAUCC